AUGGCUUUGAAAUAUAUUAUAUUAGUUAUUUGUAUUGGAAUGGCCUGGGCUCAAACAGAGCCUUCAAUCUCGGAUGAAUUUGAUUUAAUCCCUCCUAUUGAUUUACAAGGAAGAGUUGAUGAAAAACAAGUAACAGAACUAAAAAAUAAAUCUAUUCAAGCCUUCAGGAAGAAAUGUGAGGAUAAUGGAGGACCUGAUGCUUACCCGUCCAGUGAGAAAGCAUUUCUGGAAUUUGCCGAGUGCUUAAAGACAUUGGUAGAUCCUUCCAAGUUACAAGAAGAAGUUGAAAAUGCAAAGCCUAACGGUCAAGUGGAUGAAGUCUUCAAGAAGUAUUGUGAAAAAACGCCAUCAUUCAAGAGCUGCUUUCGAAACUUAACAGAAUCUGUAAAAUCUUGCUUCUCAGGAGAAGAGCAAAAUAAUCUUAAAAUUGUAUAUAAUAUAACUGAGCAAAUGGCUGAAUUCGUAUGCUUUAAAGAGGGCGACAGAAUCGCACUGUUCAUAGCGGAGAAUGGACCCGAAUGCUUCAACGAGAAGAAAACGGAAAUAGAGUCUUGUUUGAACAGUACCCUAGGGUCGGAGAUGCAAUUCGACCCUGAGAAGUUACCCUUGUUUAACAUUCCUGAAAUAAAGUUUGGGGAUAAAGAAUGCAACAAAUUAGCUGAUCUUCAAAUCUGUGUAGUAUCAGCUCUGGAGACAUGCUCAGCCCCCACUUCUGCGAAUAUCGUCGAAUCACUUUUCAAAUUCGCAAGAAAAUCCACACCGUGCAAGGAAUUGCCAGAUAAAGAGGAAGGCAAUGCGAGAAGUCAAACUGACGACACGGCGAAGAAGGCGCCCAACUCGGCCAACAGUUUAACAAAAUCGCUAGCAAUGGGCGUGUUUGCCCUCGCUUUACUCGUC